CUGAGUCCUGCCACGUCGCAAGACCUCCUGGCACUAGGCGCAAUCAGGUAACGCCUGAAGCGCACGUAAAACGGCAACUGUCUCAGGCGCAACAGGUACAUUGAUCAACAAAUCUGUCUUUACAAUGAACAAGGGCCAAAUGACGCCGGUUUACCCAGGGCAUUCCUGGAUGCUGCGCAAACCACUAUCGCCAAUGGAGAUCUAGCCCGGGCACAAAUUUUUGCUGAACGAGCGGUGCUUGGGUGGACUAUCCUUGAAGGCGACGACAGCCCUAGGGUGCUUGAAAACAGACCUCUGUCCCAGGAUCCAUCGAAACAUGAGUUAUACGGGAUCUCGGUAAAGUGGAAGACAGCUCUGGAUGACGUUCCCCAGGGACUUGACGCGAAAGGGUUCGAAGAUUGGUUGUGGAGGAGAGAGAAGCUACAACGACCCGGAGAGCCGGCGGACUUUCGCAGUAGAACGACGUUCCCAGGUUUCAACGACCUGCCAGACGAGAACUGCUUUGAUCCUGGGUUCUACGCACGUAGCAACGGGAUUACCUACCAACCACGGCGGCAUUGGCUCUUCCUGGCCGAGAUUAUUGCCUUCGCCUCAUUGGUUCGCCUGCAGAUGGACGUCAAAGACGUCGACGGUACGACGGUUCCACUCUUUUUCUAUACGCAAAGGCGUGGCAGUGAAUUGGCACCUUCAGAGGUUCAGAAGGGGCACACUAUCGCAAUUCUCUACGCGCAGCGUCACACGUUCAUGUUUUCUGAACCGGGAAUCCGUCUUGAGGAAGCCACGAAUAUUAAGAUAUUUCCACUAUCGCUAAAUAAGUCGCUAGCGUUGAGCGACCGAGUCCAAAAAUUCUCGACGGAAACGAAUGGGACAAGAACAUGUCAUGGGUGCGAGAGGCAGGCGAUUUCCUUAAAGAAGUGUGCCAAAUGCUCGCUUUUCUGGUACUGCAACGGAGACUGCCAGAGGACUGGUUGGAACGAGAAUAACCACAAAGCAGACUGUAAGCUGCUCAAGGAUGCCGAUUUAAAGGGUUUGUUUUCUCUUCACUGGGAUAAAUUUGAACGUCGCGUUAAAUUCCC